GGAUGGUUGAAUGGUUGGAAUUUGACUUCGGCACAGGGCUAUUGCGAUGGUAAGUUUUCCGAUGAUCAGUCGGUGAAUGUAUGCGAAGACGUUCCAGGUGUCAACGUCGCCGACAGCAUAAGGACCUGUGUGAAUGACAUUCAGCUCAGCGGUACUACAGAUUUUACUUCUAUGGCGUUGGAAAGCGUACACGUGAAAUGUGUAAGUGAAGCCAUGCUUAACCCUGUCCUGCUCGAGGCCGAGGCUGGUGAACCAUCCAUCUUUGAUAAAAUAACAAAAGACACAUGUGUGCAUGACUGUAAUGGAAGAGGUACCUGCAAUGACGGACGGUGUCAUUGUGACGCUGGCUUCGGCGGAGGGGACUGUUCGGUUGAUUUAUCCAUUCCACCUGUUCUUGUCGACGCUAGCGAGGGCGGUACAUGUGACCUAGCUACCGGAAGGUGUGCAGAAAUCGCGGUGUUGGGCGACAUUUUUAGUGGGCAAGAAACUUCAAAAUGUCAAAUGAAGAAAUAUGUGGUAACACGGGAUGGAAACUUGGCCGCUCCAGUCAGUACAACACCAAGGGCAGUGUUCGAGAGUAUUAGUGAGGUGACAUGCACAACGCCAGACCCCGGAGAUGACGACGUUGUCACGGCUUACAACGUGUCAGUGUCUCAAGAUGGUCACGCCUACAGUAAUGAGUUGCGGGUCCUUGUUUACGACUCGACAUGCGUCAUCGUCGACACGGACACUACGAAAUGGAGUGUACAGGGCAGAUACUGCACACAUCAAGGGAAAUGUGCACGUGAAGGUGAAAUAAGAGCAGACGACCCCUGCUUCGUAUGUCAUGUAAACGAGCAUGGAGGGGACUGGAGGAAUACAAAUAUCGGUGAUGGUUGCACGCCCAUCAUGGACAAUGGCGGGACAACCUGGGGAAGGAGGAUGUCCAUCUUAAUGUGGCUUCUUGGUGCUUCAACACCUGUCAUCAUCUAUUACGUAUAGCUUGGAACCACUCCACAAUAAUAUUCAAGAAAAUACGUUUCCAUUCUAUCUAGAGUUAUAGAAGAUCUUGUUUAGUCACUGACAACGUCCAACCAGGACAUCUAACAUAUAUAUUGACCCUUUUCAGUCUACCUAACAAAAUAACAAAAUGAGCAUGUUUCACUAAUAUCGCUUUGUUAUAUUCCGUAGUCCUUGUUGCGUAUGUAAUUAUAUCACAGAUCUGUUAACAUUUGUUUAAUGCGUGUAAUGAUUGUGAUUUUUCAUCUUCUUUUCGAGAACACCAAGUAAUAAUAUCACCACUAUUUGAUAGCGAUUCAUUAGCACAUGCUCAUGAUAUCUAAUCAUAUCAAUGUCUUAUCGAUGCCGAAAGCGCUUUGUCAUUUAUAUAUAAACAUUUUCUAUUGAUAAAGUAACAUUUGCUUCAAUAAAAUGACUUCUUUCCUCAA